AUGGAACCAGGCUAUCAAAAGAGCAAUGAAGCAGAAAACUUGCUACCCAACAAUGAUACGUAUCACAGAGCAAUUGGUAAGCUGCUAUAUGUUGCCACUGUGACAAGACCAGACAUAGCCGCAGCAGUGGACAUACUAUGCAGGAAAGUUUCAGCUCCCUGUCAGCGUGACUGGAAAGCAGUAAAAAGAGUGAUGCAAUACAUCAAAGGAACAAUUCAGAUGAAGUUACGGUUACCAGCAACGUCCAAUCCAAAACUGGUUGGAUAUGUGGAUGCUGAUUGGGCUGGGGACUGCACAGACUGCAAAUCCACAAGUGGAUUCAUCUUCCAGUAUGAGGAAGGAACCAUAAGUUGGUCUAGUUGA